AUGGCAAACGCAACUCUUCCUUUGGGCACUCCCUAUCGUGAUAUCCCUCUGUCUUCCCUUGAGGAAUUGACUACACCAUGGGCACUUAUAGCCAUGAUAGGAGGGCUAUACAUGCUCUCGUCCAUCUUCUCCCAGAUAUUCGGUUACAAAUAUCCCAUCUUUGGUAUAUCCUCUCAACUUGAACCCAUUGUAGUCUCUAACUUUCGCUUCUUCCGCCGCGCCGAGGACAUUCUAAACGAGGGCUACCAAGCAUGCAAGGGCAAGAUCUUCCAGUUCAGGAGAGCCGACACCGACAUGCUCGUACUGCCGUACAAGUAUGUCGAGGACAUUCGCAAGCUCCCCAACUCGGUGGCCAGCCCUACCGUUGCCCACGUCCACAACCUCAUGGGCUCCUCAACGAACAUGCACAUUAUCCUCCGCAGCAACUUGCACUUUCGCACUCUCCAGCUCAAGCUCACGCCCAACCUCAACUCGCUCACGAAGCCAAUGCAAGAGGAGGUGAACUACGCAGUCGAGAAAGAGCUCACAGAGUCUGAAGACGAAUGGGUGACCAUUAAGCCGUAUCACACCAUCCUCGACUUUGUCGCCCGUGUGAGUGCCCGGAUUUUCCUUGGCAAACCCCUGUGCCGCGAUCCGGAGUGGCUGGAAGUCUCUACACAAUUCACCGAGAAUGUGUUCGUCUCCUUGGUCUUCCUGCGGCUCUUCCCCAUGUGGACGCAUGGCUUCCUCAACUGGUUUAUGCCAUCAUCGUAUAAGGGCACCGCAUAUGUCAGAAAGGCCAAGAAGCUGCUCGUCCCCGAAAUCAACCGCCGGCGCAGCCUGGAGGCUCAAGGCCACGUCUUCCCAGAGGAGGAGAAGCACAACCUCCUGUCGUGGAUGAUGGAGAUUGCCACGCCUAGCGAGAGCGACGCAGCUGCUCUUGCUCACCUCGAGGUCGUCAUGUCGCUCGCGUCAAUUCACACAUCGCAGAUGAACGCGGUGCACUGUCUCUACGACCUCCUGGCUCACCCGGAGUAUCUCGAGCCCAUUAGAGAAGAGAUUCGCGGCGUGGUGGCCGAAGCAGGCCCCUGGAUGACAUGGUCGAAGCCGCAGUUCUCGAGGCUGCGCCGACUCGACUCCUUCAUGCGUGAGUCUCAGCGCUUCAACCCGCCGACUCUGCUGUCCAUGCAUCGAGUCAUGCUCCAGGACGCAAAGCUAUCGGACGGCACGAUCCUGCCCAAGGGCGCCCACAUCAGCAUGCCGGUCAAUUCGAUCCAGAAUGACCCCGAGGUGACCCCUGAGCCGGAAAAGUUCGACGGCUUCCGGUACUAUAAUCUCCGCCAGAACGAGGGCCAGAGCCAUUUACACCAGUUCUCGACGACGCAGGACCGGAUCCUCAACUUUGGACACGGUCCGAAUGCGUGUCCGGGGCGCUUCUUUGCCAGCCUUGAGAUUAAGAUUAUCCUUGUGCGUUUGUUGAUGGACUACGAGUUCAAGUUCAAGCAUGGCAAUGAGCGGCCUGCGAAUCUACGUGCGCAUGAGUUUAUCUUUCCGAAUCCUGAUGCGGAGAUACUGAUGCGUCGUCGACCUGCUGGGGAACGACUGCCGCUCUACUGA